CAUAAUCAUCUGUAAGGUGUCAAUAAUUGUCAACAAUCGUCAACAAUUAUUAUCUAUGUCUUUUUAAAAACUUUUAUAAUGAUGCAGAAUUUCCUUGCUUUUUCUCAAGGAUACAAGAAUUUUUUAAGCUUCUUUUUUCGUCUCAUUUAAUUUGAAAUAGAAUUAGUUUAUAUACAGCAGUCAAAAUGACAUCCAUGUUUGAUCAGUACGAACAAGCUUCUCAACGCUCCAAACAAGUGCUUGCACCACCGAUACGUCCAGAUAUUAGUACAGCAGGCUUUAUUCAGAUGAAGCUGCAAGAUGAUGGGCCAAUAUUCACUAAGCAGAAAGUUAACUUUCUACCAUCGGACAGAAUUCUUUACUUGGUCGUUAGUAGCAAUACAAUUGUCAUUGCUAUGGCCAACAACAUUCUACUUCGUAUCGACAUGAAGCAACCUGACAAGACUGAAGAAAUUGACAUAUCCAAAUAUGCACUGAGCAUGAAAAUAUCCGGCUUGUUUCUGGAUCCAUUGGGCCAUCACUUGCUGAUAAGUCUGGUGUCGAAACAUGGGGAUAAUCCUCCUUCAGAAUUAUUCUACUUGCAUAGGAAGACGGCAAAACUCAAGCAGGCUGGCAAGUUCAAAGGCCACGAAAUCACCGCAGUAGGCUGGAACUUUUCCAAUACUUCGGAAACAACCUCUGGCUCCAUUCUGUUGGGCACUUCCAAAGGUCUGAUUUUUGAAACAGAGAUUGGAUUAGAGACUGACAAGAUUUUUAAUACGAGUUUGGAGCAAUAUUGGCGUCAGGUAUUCGACAUAGGGAAAAAUAGCAAGCCUCCAAUCACUGGAAUAGAAUUCCACAAAAUCCCGAAUUGUGAUAAAUAUAUGAUCAUUGUGACCACUCUUAUGCGCAUUUAUCAGUACAUCGGUGCCAUCGCUAAUCCCGAAGAAAAGCCUCUUUUGCAGCAGGUGUUUUACAGAUAUCUGAAUGCGCAAGAGAGCUUUAGUGAAGUGAUAAGUUCUCUUCCCUAUUCAAAAAUGCAAUUUUACUAUCCAUCCUUGGGUGCUGUACCAAAAUCAUUCGGAUGGUUGACGGAGACUGGUAUUCUAUACGCCCAGGUUGAUGCAAAACCGGAUACGAAUAACGUGCUGAUUAAUCAACAGAUGUUGACAUGUCCGGAAAUGAGUCUUAUAAGCAGUAACAUUUCACAAACUACUUCAGCACCGUUGUCAUUCGUGUUGACAGAGUUUCACGCGUUAUUGUUGUAUCCGGAUCAUGUAAAAGGCAUGUCGCUCUUGAAUCAAGAAUUGAUAUUUGAAGACGUUUACAAUGAUGUACUCGGCAAAUUAAUCGGCAUCACUAAGGAUCCGGCGACGAGAUCAAUUUGGGCUUACAGCGAACGAGCAGUCUUCAAGUAUAGAGUAACGAAAGAAGAUAGGAAUGUUUGGCAGGUAUAUGUCGAUAAGGGUGAAUUUGAACUGGCCAAGCAGUAUUGCAAAGACAACCCCGCACACAUUGACCAAGUGCUGGUGAAACAAGCGGAGAUGCUUUUCAAGAACAAAGAAUAUGAGAAGAGUGCGUUAAUUUACGCGGACACUCAUUCGUCCUUCGAGGAGAUAUCGUUAAAAUUUCUGCAGGAAUGGCAAAUUGAUGCUCUGAAAACAUUUCUGCGCAAAAAACUCGAUGGCUUAAAAACGCACGACAAGACACAAAUAACAAUGAUCGUCAUAUGGGUGACGGAAUUAUUCAUGAAUCAAAUGGGAGCUCUGCGCAGCAGCAACACAUCCUAUCUUCACGAUCCACAUUAUAUAGAAUUGCAGAAGCAGUUUGAUAGCUUCCUCAUCAUUCCCAAAGUAGAGGAAUGCAUCAAGAGGAAUCGCAGCACGAUAUACGACCUGAUGGCCAGUCACGGUGACAAGGACAAUUUGAUACGUUUGACGAUAAUGCAUUGCAACUACGAGGAGGUGAUUCGCCAGCAUCUGUACAAGAAUAAUUAUUUGGAGGCGCUCGGGGUACUCAAGAGUCAGAACAAUAAGGACCUCUUCUAUCAAUUCGCUGGGAUUCUACUGCAAGAAUUGCCGCGACCCACCGUGGCCGUCUUAAUCUCGCAAGGGUCAUCGCUGAAGCCGGCGAAGCUUCUGCCAGCUUUGAUCUCUUGCAACAGUGAUGACAAGCAUGCGAGAGAAAUUAUUAAGUAUCUAGAAUUUUGCGUAUACAAGCAAGGUUCGCAGGAGCAGGCGAUUCAUAACUUCCUUCUAUCUUUGUACGCGCGUUACAAGCAAGACGAAGUGAUGCGCUACAUAAGCUCUCAAGGUCAAGACAUCAGCAUGGUGCACUACGACGUACAUUACGCGUUACGAUUAUGUCAGGAGGUAAAUUUGACUGAAGCCUGCGUGCAAUUAUCGGCCUUACUGGGUUUGUGGAGUACCGCCAUGGAUCUCGCCCUUACGAUCAGCGUCGAUCUCGCUAGGCAGAUCGCCGCCAUGCCUCCCGAACACGAUGAGGAACUUAGAAAGAAAUUGUGGCUGAAGAUAGCGGAGCACGUUGUGCGAGAAAAGGACGACAUACAGCAAGCAAUGGAGUUCGUGCAACACUGCAAUUUAGUUAGAAUAGAAGAUAUUCUGCCGUUUUUCUCCGAUUUUGUCACCAUCGAUCACUUCAAGGAAGCUAUUUGCAACUCCUUGCAGGAAUACAACCAACACAUUCAAGAUCUUAAGGAGGAGAUGCAGGAAGCCACAAAGGCAGCAGAAUUAAUAAGGAAAGAUAUUCAAGCCUUUAGAACCAGAUGCACUUACGUGCAUGCCAAAGAUACGUGCAAUACAUGCGAGGUGCAAUUGCUUUUGAGAUCCUUCUACGUAUUCCCUUGUGGCCACAAAUUUCAUAGCGAUUGUUUGGUGGCGGCAUUAACGCCGAUGCUAUCUAUGGAGCAGAGGACAAGAUUAGCGGAUCUUCAACGACAACUUACGGCCAUUUCAAAUCGGCCAGAGGACACCACCUCGGUGACGUCGGUAUCCUUAUCUACGAGGGACCAGAUCAAGGCCGAUAUCGACGAGCUCGUUGCUUCGGAAUGUCUCUACUGCGGAGAGCUUAUGAUAGAAUCGAUAGACAAGCCGUUCAUCGAGGAAGAGGAUUACGAACGCGUGCUGAAAGAAUGGACGUGAUGAAGCAUCUACGAAAUGUAUGAUAGAGCAUAUUUGCAAAUCUCUCUCUCUCUUUUUUUUUAAUUGAUCUUGUAAGACCUAGCAUAUUAUUUGAAGUCUUAUGGCUAUAAACAAUUUCUUAACAUGUGAUUUGAAGAAAACUCGCGAGUGUCUUGAAUUUCAGCUUCAAGCUUUUAUCUCUCAUGGGAAUAAUUAAAUUAUUAUAAUAUAAUAAAUCAAGCAUUGACACAGAGUUCUUUGCCAA